AUGGAAAAGAGCUUCAGACAAGUUGAUCCAGAUAUGGCAAAACUGUUGGGUAUUACCAUCCAAGGGUUCCAACCUCCUGUCAUUACGACCCCUUUGAAAGAAGAAUUGGCUAGAAAGAGACAACCAGCACAAGAUGCUUCCACACCAAUGAAGGAUAACAAAAAGGUAAUCACUCCAAGAAAAUCAUCUUCAAAAGUGUCAACACCAAAACAUUCCAAGGACAAUGUGACACCAAUUUCUAGUAGAAAAUCUGUAUCUAGUUCUGCAAAGAAAUCAUCAGUAAAUUCUAGUAAGAAAUCUACUCCACAGAAACAAUCUCCAUUGAUUAGAAAAUCUGCUUUAACUCCUAAACCAAGAUUAUUAUCCUUGGGAUCUCAAAAAUAUGAAACUGAUAGUGACGAGGACGAUGAAGAUGAAGAUAAUUCGGAAGUAAAUUUAUCUAAAACAUCCGAGGCAGAGACUUCUUAUAUCGCGUCCAACAAGGGAUCAAUUUCAUUUUCCAAAUUUCUUGGGUCCAUGAUUUUGUGGAUUUUUGUUGUUGGUAGUGGAUUAUUUGGAUUGUGGUAUUAUGAACAAAAAUAUUCCGUUGGAUAUUGUGGACAAGAAAUUGAUCAGUUGACAUUUUCUGAUUCUAAUAAUAUCUAUUUAGAAAGCAUUGGUAAAUUCUUGGAUGAUAAUUUUAAACCGAAUUGUAUUAGUUGCCCUAAAUACAGUAGAUGUCAUCCAAAUUUGAAAUUGAGUUGUAUGGAGAAUUUCAUGGAAUCUAAACCAUGGUAUGAUUUUAUUGUUCCUGGUCAUAAGAAGUGUAUCCCUGAUACUAAAAAAGCUGAGAAAUUGGAAAUUAUGAUUGAUGUGGCAUUGGAUUUAUUAAGAAGUAAAAAUGCAGCAAUUCAAUGUGGAUUGGGUACAGAUGAUGAAGAAUGUGGAAUCAAAUUAGAAGAUUUACAUGAUUUAUUGUUAUCUAUUAAAGCACCAUAUAUUACAUUGGAAGAAUUUGAAGAAUUAUGGGAAAAAUCAAAACGAUCUCCAAAUUUACAAUCAGCAGAAUUCACUUUUGACAUUAACGACGCUGAAACCAAGGAGAAAGAGACGUACAAGAUUUUUCGAUCAACGUCCUUAUCAAACAUCAGUUUAAAGUGUCAAAUUCAUAAUAGCAUUGUGGGAGGAUUGACUCAAUACAAGUCGAGAAUAAUCACCAUUGUUUUAAUAGCAUUGGUGAUUAAAUUUAUUCAAAUUAAAUAUAAAAAUUAUCAAUUGGAAUUGGCGAAAAUUGAUAUUAUCUAUGAAGAAGUAUUGAAUAAAUUAAAAACACAAUCCAAAAUUGGACAAGAAAGCAAUAAUCCAGAAACAUAUUCAUAUAUUGGCUCUAAUCAAUUACGUGAUUCAAUAUUAAGUAAUGAGAAUAACUUAAAUCAAAGAUUGAAAUUAUGGAAACAAGUUGUUGAUAAAGUUGAAAGAAACAGUAAUGUCUCCCAUAGAAUUAUUGAACAUCAUGGCGAAAUCAUGAAAGUCUGGGAAUGGAUUGGUGUAUUCUAA